GUCAAAACAUCGGAAUCUACCUGUGAUGAAAUGAGCAAGAGACUAGAGUCUAUGACUGCAAAAGCUUCCGAGUCUGAAAGGCAAGUCAAACUUGUUCAAGAAGAACUUGCAUCUUAUAAAGUCUUGCUCCAAGACACCAGAACUGAAACUGAAGGUGCUCGAAUGCAGUGCUUAGGGUUCACAGAAGAUCUUCGGAAGAACGAAGAGAAGACAAAAGCUCAAAUUACUAAGAAGGAGAAGGAACUACUUGAGAUUUUAGAUCAACUGAAAACAAUUCAUCUGAAAGAAAUAUUGAGAUAUCAGGAUAAACUGGAUUUGCUGGAACGGGACAAAGACAGAGUGGAUGCAGCAACGUUGGAAAUUGAGAGGCAUUUCCCAGCAGCCGAAGCUAAUGUUGAGCAGUAAGGAUGCAGAGUUCUCAAAGCUUGUGUCAUCAAAAGACAGUGACAUUUCUGACUAUCUAGUGGAAAUCCAGCAGCAACAUAGAAAGCAAAUAGAUGACUAUGAAAAGAAUUUGAGGAUUCUCCAACAAGAUAACCAGAAAGGAGCCAGAGCCAUGAAAGAGCUGGAGAUCCAACUUGUUAAGGUUAGGAAAGAAAAAGACAAAGCUGUUAGCCAGACGGGUGCCUUCACAAAAUCGAUGGCCUCCUUGCAAGAUGACCGAGGCCGCAUGUUAUCAGAAUAUACGGAGCUGGAACAAUGGCAUCUCGACAUGCAUUGCCAGAAACAUCGCAUCAUUCAGGAGAGUGCAGCUGAAAACAAUGAACUGAAGCAAGAGAUCGGAAAUGUUCUCAACCAGAUGGAUGACCUUAAUUCUGACAACGCGCUGUUAAAAGCACAGUUGGUUCAGUACAGGGGGGAGCUAAACCAGGUCCUGUCUUUGAAGGAUAAUCAGUUGAAGCAAAAGCAACAACAGCAAAUUAAGAAUCUUGAGAAUGAGAAAUCCAUCUUCAAAGAGCAAUGGAAAGUUGCACAAGGACCCCUUAAACAAAGUAAUGAAAGCCCAAAGUCCUUGCAAGAAGAAAAUCUGCAAAUUUUGGAACAGCUUACAGAGCUCAAGGCUAUUGGUUUCCAAAAAGAAGAGGAUAAAAAUGAAACAAAUGAGAGGCAAUUAAUUCAAGUGCUUCAGCAACAACUUAAAACUAAAACUCUGGAAUGCGAAGAACUCAAAAAAGAAAACUAA